AUGAAUUCGAGUUACUAUACUUACGUCCCCGAGGAGAGGACUGCACCGGUGGGAAUCGUAGACAUACUUAAGGAAUUUCAUGCAUCCAGGAAGGAGGACCAGCAGAUUGAAAAUUUACCACCUCAGAUCGAAGCCAUGAAUACUCAUUUUACUGAUCUAAUCCGCGCCAAGGAAAAACGCGAACUUUCUGAAGAAGAUUUUAUUCUCAAUCGGGAAAAAUAUGUUAAGUCAAAAUUUCCGAUGAACCAGCAAAUUGUAAGUAAGGUGAUUUUUGUGACAUUAGCAAGUCAAUUUCAGGGCGAUAAUCUUCCCCGUCUUCUAGUUGCGGGAACAAAGACUGACACAAUGAAUCACAUUGCUUUGGAACUGCUAGAUCUCCAGCUCGAAAAGUGGGCAGAAAUGGAGAGCGAUCCGGCAAAGAUUUUUGAGCUUUUACAACUCUCACCGACGAAUGGCAAUCCUAUUAAAAGCGUACUCUUUCCCAAGUGGGUAAAUUUUGUCGAGUCAAGGUACCACGGUGACUCGGAAAAGGCAAAUGAACACAUGUUGUCCGUCUUGACCAAACAUUUUAAGAAGGACGAUUAUGCUCUGGCGAAGGCUCUAAUUGAGGGAGGAAGGCUCUCUGAAAAAAACAUCGCUACGAUACUGUUAGAUUUACAGAUUGAAAAGUGGGUAAACGACGGGCGAGAUGAGGCAGAGAUAUUCAAGUUUUUGGAGCUCCAGAAACCAAGUGCAAUCCUUUCGAAAGCCCAAUCUUUACCCAGUGGGUCACGUUCGUAA